AGCUUCCUUCGAGCAUUUAAGAGUUGUGCGGAUCUGUAGUAAUCUUCUACCGACGAAAAUUUCAGCUUUCUCCCUUUUUGAUUAUAUGCCUCUCUGAUAGAAACAGACAUGGGAGUUCCCAAGUUUUACAGAUGGGUUAGUGAGCGAUACCCAUGCAUAAGUCAAGUUGUUCAAGAACAUCAGAUACCCGACUUUGAUAAUAUGUACUUGGACAUGAAUGGAAUCAUUCAUCCUUGCUCGCAUCCUAAUGACGAUGAUCCUCACUUCAGAAAAAGUGAAGAAGAAAUAUUCGCUGACAUAUUUCAUUACAUCGAAGUGCUGUUCCAGAUAAUUAAACCCAAGAGAGUUUUCUUCAUGGCUGUUGAUGGUGUGGCUCCUCGAGCAAAAAUGAAUCAGCAAAGAGGACGUCGUUUUCGGUCUGCUAAAGAAGCAGAACAAAACAUUCGUAAAGCUUUGGAAAAGGGCCAAGUUCUACCAAAAGAAGAAAGAUUUGAUUCUAAUUGUAUUACUCCUGGUACUCCUUUCAUGGUAAGACUCCAUGAACAAUUGAAGUUUUUUGUCAGCUAUAAGAUUUCUACUGAUCCUGCUUGGCAAGGAUUAAGAGUAUAUCUGUCUGGACAUGAGACACCUGGUGAGGGUGAGCACAAAAUCAUGGAAUUCAUCAGGUCUGAGAGAGUGUGCCCUGAUUAUGAUCCCAACACAAGGCAUUGUUUAUAUGGCUUAGAUGCUGACUUGAUUAUGCUUGGGCUCUCCUCACAUGAACCUCAUUUUGCCUUGCUGCGAGAGGAAGUAAAAUUUGGAAAGGCAUCAAAAAGAAUUACAAGGCCUGAAAAGAUUACUUUCCAUCUUCUUCAAUUAUCUUUGUUCAGAGAAUACCUGGACUGGGAAUUCAAUGAAUUAAAGGAUAAAUUGCUGCAUCCCUAUGACCUGGAAAAAAUCAUUGAUGAUUGGAUUCUUAUGGGAUUUCUUGUUGGAAAUGACUUUAUUCCUCACUUGCCAAAUCUUCAUAUUAAUCAUGAUGCUUUGCCCUACCUUUACAGAGUUUACAUUGAUCUUAUGCCUUCACUUGAUGGUUAUCUUCAUGACAGUGGAAAGCUUAUAUUACCUAGGUUUGAGAAGUAUCUUGAAGCUUUGUCAAAGUUUGAUAGAGAACAUUUUGAAGAAAAGUUUGUGGACAUGAAAUGGUUUGAAAGUAAGAAGGGCUUUACAUUUGGAAAUAACCCUAUGGAUUUUGAGACAGAUGAAUCUGUGCUACCUUUAGACAACAGUUUUGCUGCUUUAGAGUUCAUGCCUGAGGAAUCUGUCACCUCAAAGGGAAAACAGACAAAGGUGAAGCUGAAUCCAGAAAUUGAAAAACUUGCUGCAAAGUUUGAUGAAGAACAAAGUGAUGAGGAUGAAGAUGUCUUUGAGACAGAAUUUGCAAUGCACAAAAGGGAUUACUACAUACAAAAGUUUGGAUAUGAAGAAGUAAACAGAGAUGUCCUUGCGGAGCUAACCUACCAGUAUGUGACAGGAAUUCAGUGGAUUCUUUCAUACUAUUUCAAUGGAGUACCAUCAUGGAGUUGGUUUUUUCCUUUCCAUUAUGCUCCAUACAUGUCAGACAUAAGACAUUUUAGCAGCCUAGAAAUCAAGUUUGAACUGGGAACUCCUUUUCUCCCCUUUGAACAACUACUGGCUGUGUUACCAGCUGCUAGCAGGCAGCUACUCCCAAAGCCUUUCCAGAACUUGAUGAUCAUGGAACAGUCCGAUAUUAUUGAUUAUUAUCCUGUAAAUUUCAAGACUGAUUUGAAUGGUAAACAGCAAGAAUGGGAAGCUGUGGUGCUCAUUCCUUUCAUUGAUGAGGAAAGGCUUCUAGAUGCUAUGGCACCUUUGCAUUCAAGAUUAACUAAGGAGGAAGUUUCACGCAACAAGCAUGGUCCUUGCCUUCUCUACACAUAUGAUUCAAGCCUAACAUUUGUUUACCAUUCUUCGAUGCCCAGAAAAUUUUCUGAUAUUUCCUGUUGUCAUGCAAGGUGUGAAGUGCUUGAUAAAGAUGUCUUCCAUGUUGCAGUGAAACACAUGCAGCAAGGUCUCUGUGAAGGGGUUAAACUUGAUGUGUAUUAUCCUGGAUUUCCCACUUUGUAUCAUGUACCACACAAGGCACAACUCAAGAAGGCAGGUGUAAAGGUUUUUCAGAUGCACAGCAAGAGUCACAGUAUGAUUUUAAAUAUCAUGGAACCCCAAGAAAAGGUUUUGUCAUUAAGAAUAGCUGAGGACUUUCUUGGUAAAACUUGCUAUGUGGGCUGGCCUCACAUGGUGGAAGCUCUUGUAGUUGGUGUUUGUGAUGGCAUUAAAAGAUAUUUUCACGAAAAGAAAAAUUCUCACAAUUCUGAUAAGGAAGUAUUAUACCAGGACUUGACAGAGUUGGAGGUUAAGAGCUGGAAUCAUCAAAUCAAGUCUGCAAAAGAAUAUCAAUUAGAAAGAAGAGGAAUAGAACUUGGAGAAACAAAGAUUAUAAUUGAAGCUUGCCCUAUCAAAGGAAAGAGAUAUGUAUGUGGAGCCAAAGGUCUUGUUACCAUGGAAAAGGAAUGGUCACCUAUGCCAGUCUCUUACCCUUACCAGUUGACUGUGAAAGAUAUCCAUGUUCAUGAGUCCCAUGAGGAUGAUAAGAUACACACGAUUGAGGAACUUUUCCCUAUUGGCAGCCAGUGUUUCAUGUUAGCAUCCCCAUACUAUGGCUCCUCUGGUGAAGUGAUAGAAAUUGAUGUGAAACAGUCUCGCGUCAGAGUACAGCUUCAUGUGCCACCUCAACCUGACUUACAUUCUGUGAUUGAUAAAUAUAAGGCUCUAUCGGUAAAUUACUUGCCAGCACAUGUGGCUGCCAAAAAGCUUGGUAUUACUACAAACUUGCUUUUAAGAAUAAGCGGGAGCUUUCUGAUUGAAAAUGAGUCCAGCAAAAGUUCUUCUGGUGGGACUACAAAGGUUGAUAUUGGACUCAACAUGAAAUUCAGUAAACAGAAUAGAGAGGCUCUUGGAUUUGCCAGGAGAACAGAAGGGGGAGAAUGGACUUUCUCUCCCGCAGCUCUGAAAAUAAUUUCUGGGUAUUUACACAAGUUUCCACAUCUUUUUGAAACUUUGGCUAAGAUGUCAUCGAACGAUCGGUGUUUUGCAAAGGACUUAGAAGUUGAUGAAAAGGGGUCUGAACUGCUAUCAGAGGUUCACGACUGGCUGAAAACAAUACCUUCUCUCCAACUAGAGCCUGUGAAAUGUGGCAGUAUAAGUUUAGAUGAUCCAGUUGUAGAAGCGAUAGAACAGGCGGUGCUGAGUACCAAGGCAUUGAACCACAAACCCAAGGCAGUUAAAGUACGUGUGCGGCCUCACCUCCUCUUUAAACCAUCUGGCCAUCAGGGAGCUGUUCUCCCCGAUAAAGAUGCAACAUUUGAGCUAUUCGACCGAGUAGUCAAUGUCAAACUGAAUGUUGCUGUUCCAUUUGGACUAAGGGGAACUAUUAUUGGAAUCCAUGAGGCCCCCAACUCAUCAGAUGUUCUGUAUGAAGUUAUAUUUGAUGAACCAUUCCUCGGUGGAUUAGCACUAAGAUGUUCAUCCAAAAAUGUGUUCUUGCUUGAAGCUCUGGCACUUAUUAAUAUCAGUUAUGGUGAACGAUGUGAAGCGAAGAAAGUUGAAGGAAGAUCAGUUGGCAAUAGUUCAUUUGGCACAAACCUCGCCAGCUCCCCUCAGCUGAACAAGGAGAGCAAAGGUAGUCAAUCCAAAUCAGGAGACAGCAGGCUAGAUUCUCCAGGAGCCCCUGAUUACUCAAAUGCCCGCAGCAAUCAGCGCACCAUACCUCAGCGUAACGAGUCUUCGAAAUCAGCUACUGUCAGCACAAAACUAAGAACACCGGAGAUUCAAGGCAGUGGGUCCUCUCAAGCCCAGGUUAACAUUAGUACAAGAAUUGACAGGCCUGUUAAUGAGAGGAAUACACAAAACGUAACACCUCCUGGAAUUCAAAAGGUCGCUGGCGUCUUAACGAAUCAGUCCAGUAAUAGUCCAAGCGAAUUUGCUGACAUGUGGAAAGAACUUAAACUAAAAGAAAAUAGUCAUGGUGCCUUCGAAAUCCCUGGGGACACCCCUGAACAUAAGAGCAACGACAAAGUCCAGGAUACGAGAGAAAGCGAAGUGCUGAUCAAGGAAGGAACAAAGGCUCUUCGUGAACUCCUUCAGAUUGGCAAGGCGCCAAAACCCAAGAUGGACCAGCAACCAAACAGACCUGAACAAAAAGGCCUCGCGGGCAAACAUCUGACCGUGGAUGAACUCUUUCGCAGUCACGGCUCUGCCCAAGGAACUAUGGAACAGUUUCCUCCGACAACCUUACCGUACCACUCGGGAAGUUCACCGUCAUCAGCCUUAUUUACUUGGUGUCAGUUAUCUGGUCUUCCACCUCCCUGUUAUCACCAUACUCCAUCAGUUGAGGGUGUAAGUGCCAUUGUCGAGUUGGCCAACGGGUUUAAAUUUGUCGGCAGUGUGUGUCGCAAUCCCUUCGAAGCCAUGGAUAGUGCAGCAUCUGUCGCACUGUUUCAAUUGCCACGAAUCAUGCCGAACAUUCCAGGGCCCCGAAACCUUGUUAUGCAGCAUCAAUUUUCUCCAGUCGUGUUUCCAUCGCUACCCAAUCCCGUAACGCCUCAAAGUUUUGCUGGCCUUGCACCUUUGCCCUUUCAAAAAACUGUACGCCAACUAUCACCUCAGUCUCAACCUUGGGCAGUACGCACGAGGAGUCAAGAUCAACCCAACAGGGAGGGUCCUCAGUCUGCUCAGCAAAGAACAAGUGCGACUCUGAACAGUUCGGCAGUGCCUUUCAUUCCAUUGCAGGUUUCCAGGAGGAGUUCUUCACGUUCACAAUCGUCACCAAUGACAUCGCAAGAGACGGCAGUCAAGGAGACUUCAGAACUUUCUCAACUGAAUGAAAGUCGACAGAAAGAGCAGAGUCAAGACUUUGAGUAUCAAGAGACUGGCGAAAUUUUCCCCAGAAAUUUGUGUUCAGAAUCAUCAGCAAACAACGUUUCGGCUCAGUCAGAUGCGUCGGAAACGAAUUCUCUGUCAGUGGACAAAACAGAGAGAGCUGGCAUCCCCCCUAAAAAAAUGCCAAUUUUAUCCAAAAGGUUGUUGGCUCCUAGUUUCUUCUCGAAAAAGAGCUAACUGUUUUGAGUUAUUCGGCGUAUUCGACUUUUCCUUAUGUGCAAUCCGCCUAUCAAAGGAAUGGUGGCUGUGAACAGUUCUCAGGAAUCUUUCUCCGUUCAAUGACAACCGUGACAAGGAUUCAUCGUCUUGCAAGGUGGCAGGUUUGUCACACUGCAGUGUUGUUCCGUUCUCGAAUAUUAGAUGGCACAUAAGAGACAUUAGGCCUUCAAUGUCGCGGCUUUCAGAAUUCAUGAAUUUUUGUGACACAGUUAAAACAAUCUGCAUCGUCCGUGUACCCUGAAAAAAUGCGCGAUUUUAGUCUAGGUAUAUGAUAUAAUAUUCUGCUUAGUGGAAAAGACCAUCGGUGAUGGUUUUCAGUUUUUAAAUGACUUUUUAAAUGGAUGAUGGUUGUAUUAGAAAUUCUUACCCAUACAAGCAUUCUUUACGUCAACUUGUUACGUAUGUAGCUUGAAGAAGUGGAUAAAAUGAGCAGCUUUUAAUUUCC